UCCGAAAGCUAUUCGUCAUACAUCUGUGUGACCUCUUCAGCGGCACUUUCUGUCUUAGUGCGUGCACCUGCUCCGCUUAAUCCAUUCUGUUCAUCUAUAGAAUAUCUUUAAUUUCCUUUCUGUCAACACCUCAAAUGUAAUAUUUAUUCCGUGAAGACGGAGGCUCGUCUGAUCCAACGAUGGAAUCAAUAAUCUACUAACAUUAUUUUGGACUACCAAGCCCCCAGAAACCGCCGUUGGAUUUGUAAUACACCUCUUCAACCCCCUAUAAUUCUUGGUAUCAUUUCUAUUCUGUAUAUCUGUUCACACUGGUUCAACUAUGAUUCACUUCAACGUAAUUGUAUUCCUCCUGGGUCUCUUAUCACCAUUAGUUUAUUCUCAUGGUUGUCGUAUGGAAGACGACGAAUGUGAGUUUAAGCUGGUAAUUUCCUAUAAAUUAACUAUGUUAGUUAAUAAGACUUUGGUACUACCCUAUAAUAGAAAACUCUACAGAUAUGACGUCACUAAUUUUACGGAUGCUCAACCGAUACCAACUGAUGAAGUUAUUACUAUGGAUGGUUUCUCUGAGACAGUUAUGGUGAUUGCAGUUAAUGGCACAGUUCCUGGACCAACGAUAGAAGUUUAUAAAGGACAAAGAGUCAUCAUUGAAGUAGAAAACCGAUUAUUUUCAGAAUCUACAACAAUACAUUGGCACGGCAUUCAUCAAAAAGGAACACCUCAUAUGGAUGGCGUACCUUGGGUUUCACAGUGUCCAAUUCAACCAGGUCAGUCGUUCAGAUAUGAAUUUAAUGUUACACAAACUGGAACCUUUUGGUACCAUUCUCAUCUUGGGACACAACGUACGAUGGGACUAUUUGGUGGUUUUAUAAUACACGAAAAGACAAAACGUAAAAUGGAAGAACAUGUGAUGUUAAUAACAGACUACAACCAUAACUGGGACUCCGAUGUGAGUUAUUUAAAAAUGGAUUUCGGACUCUAUUGGAACCGUAAAAACAUUGGCAAUUCCAAAUCUCUAGAUGGGGCAUUUUUUAGUCUUUUUAAUUUCCAUUCUGGUAUUGUGAAUGGUCGAGGCCGCUAUUAUGAUGAAUCAGGGAAUCAUAAUGGGGCUCCACUGACUGUCUUUGAAGUAGAACAAGGUAAAGAGUAUCGUUUUAGAGUGAUCGCUGCAGGGUCCCUUUACCCGUUUGAAGUGUCUGUUGAUGGUCACCAGAUGGUAGUCGUUGCCUCUGAUGGUUUUGACCUAAAACCAACAGCUGUUGAUUAUUUCAUCCUCAGUCCGGGUGAGAGAUUUGACUUUAUAUUGAAGGCAAAUAACUCUGUCGGAAAUUAUUGGAUUCGUGGAAAAACAAUGGAAAAUGAAAAAAAUAACACAUUUGAAGUAAUUCUUCGUUAUAAGGGUGCACUGGACGAAGAACCCAACUCCACGGUUUCUGACUGCGUUCAACAAAAGGACUGCACUUUACUCAACUGCCCCUUUCUUUAUUAUCCCGAGAAAAGUAAUAAACGGUGUUUACAGUUUAAUGACUUGGAACCUGAUUACCCUGUUGUUGUACCUCCAUACAAGUCUGGGAAGUUUGAAGAAUAUUUUUUAAAUUUUGCUUUUCCUGGUGAGCCAGGAUACACACCAGCAUCAGUAAAUGGUCGUGUGUUCGUGGAACCCACGGUAAACCCUUUAACACAACCAAAAGAAAUAGAUAGUCUGUGUGAUAAUGCCAAUUGCGGUGUUGAUAAAGUGUGUCGGUGUACUUAUUCUAUAAACCUGAAAUAUGGUGAUACAAUUCAAGUUGUAAUGACAAAUCUUGGAAAAGGUAAAGGGUUCUCCCACCCUAUACACAUGCAUGGACAUUCAUUUUAUGUAGUUAAAAUGGGGUUUCCAAAAUACAAUGAAACAACGGGAGAAAUAAUAAAUGAUACUACAGAUAUUGAUUGCAGAGGUGAUCCGAAAAUGAACUAUUGUAAUGAUGCGGCUUGGUCAAACAGCAACUGGGAAGGAGACAACAUCCCCGGAAUGAAUUUACAAAAAGCCCCUCAAAAGGAUACAAUUAUGGUCCCUACAGGUGGAUACGUUGUAGUGAGAAUAGUGGCCAAUAAUCCUGGAAUAUGGAUCAUGCACUGCCAUAUUGAAUUACACAGUAAGGACGGAAUGGCACUGGUUCUAAAUGAAUCUUAUGCCCACUUACCAAAAAUCCCUGACAAUUUCCCUGCAUGUCGAAGUUUCCAGAAAGGAGUUUAUAAUGAAGAAACAAAAGGUGUUGGUGAUAAAAAUGUUAAUAAUAGCAAUACUAACAAUUGUGAUAAAGGAAACGAAAAUACUUCAGAACACGCGAUAACCGAUCCAACAGUAAAAGUGGCACUUGGAGUUCUCAUCGGAGUCGUCUGCAUUCUGGCUAUUCUUGUUGUUGUACUUGUUUUCAUUGUUGUGACGAAAAAUAAGAAGUAGCACUCUAACCCCUUUUAAAGUAUAUAUAAUAGGGUAAAGGUGAAUGAAAGAUGAAAUGGUGUGCUGUAGUGGUUGUAGCAGUACCGGUGCCAGAAGUGUUAACACUUUCGGCACUGGACAUGUUAACAAUUAAACUUUGAUGAGAGUGAUUGCAAUAACUGUUAUUGCAGCGGGGAUUGGGAGUAGUGAUAGGUGUAAAAUAGAUGAGAGUUGCUGCUGUGAUAGUUUAGAGCUUUAGAAAUACAUCAAAACAGUUAUUUUAUUAAAUAUUAAAAUUAU